GCAUCAAGCUAGUGAACUGACCAGCGUUCUCAAGGCAAAAGUCAAGUCCGCGGCCUCAUUGCUACAACAGAGGAAAGUCUUACAGAGAAAUCUGCGCAGCCUACAGCAGCAUUCACUGUCCAGGGAAAUCUUAACACACUGCCGAUCCCGUCUCCACGCUUUGCCCCCUACUGAUGCAGUCAAGUCGAUGUCACCACUUGUCAAUGAGCGCAUGCGCAAACGUCGAUGUUUCGCGGACAAGGAGCUGGAGGUGGUGAUGUUGGAGAGAGAGCAGCAGGCAGAACUCACCCACCGCCAGCUUGCCCUCCACUACCUCCAGAGACGCCUCGUCUACGGCACGGCCGUACAACUACACCAGCCCCCUCCCGAGCUGCUGGACCAUAGACUGCACGACAGGUCCAUGUCCAGAGAGUUUCUCAUGAAAGUAUUUCCUCACCACAACCCUAACUUAGUAGAACUGGUGUUUCAGGGUUGUGGGGGCAACCUGGAAAGAACGAUAGAGCAGCUGGCGUCAGAGUUCAAGUGUAAUGGCGGCGCGAUUAAUUCGGUGUCUCCUGUGGUUGGAGAGUACGAGAAGGGGAGAAGCCAACAGACUCCGACGCCCUCAUCAGGGCUGCAGUCUUUUCAUGCACCGUGCGGCUCAGCGUCGAUUCAUAAACCGUCUUCAGGAGGACAUAGAAUGGUUAACGUCUUCCCUUUCGCGUUGCCACAGCCAAUGAUGGUGCCCGGCUUCACAGCGCCCUUUUACACUUCUCAGAUGCUUCAGUUUAACAACGGGCUCGAGACUGAGAAGAAAACUGAAAAUGUCGUCCAUCAGUCCUCAACUGCUGCGGGGCCAUCUGAUGGACAUCAGCGAAAUAAAAUAACAAACACCUCGACCCGGAGUUUAUCAACCGAUAAAAUUACUGAAAACGCUCAAGACUCCAUGUCAAGGGGGAACAGUGAUGAAUAUUCGUCAAACGUGCAUGCCCUUGACCAAACAAGAUUAAGCCAUAUGAACUCAGGCUCCGAUAAACAAAGCUGCUUCGUGUCUCUGAUCCCAAAUUCCGUGUGUCAAAGUCUUGAGGGAUGUGAACGACAGUUUCCGCUUCCUGCCAACACUCGCAACUCGGAUUUGGAGAUGAGCAUCAGAAGCAAUCCAAGCGCCUAUCAUGAUCUUGAUAUUGGUGAAUGCAGUGAAGAAGACAGGCCUUCAUUUAUACCAGAAGCAGUGAGCCAUGAUAACCCUACGUCACACCAGCCCAAAAAUGUUAUUUUCUCCAGUGCGGAAAGGGGACGAAAUUCAAGCGUCGUGGAAAAACAAACCCCAGUUAUUACUCCUAAUGUACUGAAAUUUUCAGUGGAAUCCAUAAUCGGUAAAUCUUAAGGCUGCCAUGUAAAAAAAACCCCAUCCCUUUUUGGACAGCCCAUGGAAUUUUCUAGAUGUUUAUUAGACCCAUCACUACAACAAUUAAUUAAUUUCCCGAAAACAAGUUUCGCCACCACAACCACAACCACAACCACAACCACAA